UGAAAAGGAAAAAGAAACUCUAUUCAGUUCAGCCAUGGAUCUUCUCUGCAAAGCUUACUCCAACAUCUCGGAUGACGAACCGGAAUCGGAACCGGAACCCAAGCCCGUAAACUAUAACUACCAUCCCCCCCGGCCAUCGAAACGGCGCAAACCCGAAUACCCAUUUCCCAUGGUGGAUCUUCAAAAGAGAGAAGAAGCUCCGGUUCCCGGAAGAUACAUAUCUAAGAGGGAGCGAGCACUUUCCGGUUCGGUUCCCCGGGCUGCUGAACCGAACCUGAGUCAAAACGAUCCUCAUUUCAUCCCUCAGCCAGGUCUGGGAAGCAUUUCAGAUUUGGAUCUUCCACAUCAUAUUCUCUCAUCACUGCAGCAUAAACCAAAGGUCCAUACACAGUUAAGUCAAAUUCCUGAAAAGCUGUCCGUAGCUCUGUGUGGCCAUGCAAAAGCUGUUAAUGCUGUUCAUUGGUCACCAACUCAUGCUCAUCUUCUUGCUUCUGCUGGGAUGGAUCAAACAAUCUGCAUAUGGAAUGUAUGGAGCAGAGAUCAGAAGAAAGCUCGUGUGUUUAGCUUUCACAAUGCUGCUGUGAAAGAUGUUAAGUGGUCACAGCAGGGAUUAUUUGUGCUUUCUUGUGGAUAUGACUGUUCAUCAAGGUUGAUUGACGUUGAAAAGGGAAUUGAAACGCAGACUUUUAAAGAUAAUCAAGUUGUUGGAGUUAUAAAGUUCCAUCCAGAUAACUCAAACCUAUUCCUUUCUGGGGGAUCAAAGGGUGGACUCAGAUUGUGGGAUGUUAGAACUGGCCAGGUGGUGCAUGAAUACAUUCGAGGUCUGGGUCCAAUUCUUGAUGUUGAAUUCACCAUUGAUGGGAAGCAAUUUGUAUCUUCCAGUGAUGUUUCUGGGGGUAAUGUCAGUGAAAAUUCUAUUAUUGUUUGGGACAUCUCCAGGCAGGUUCCGCUGUCUAAUCAGGUUUAUGCAGAAGCCUACACCUGUCCUUGUGUUAGGUACCAUCCAUUUGAUCCCUAUUUUGUGGCCCAAUCAAAUGGAAAUUAUAUUGCCAUUUUUUCUUCAAGUCCUCCUUUCAAGCUAGACAAGUAUAAAAGGUAUGAAAGCCAUAGAGUGUCGGGAUUUCCAGUUAAGUGCAAUUUCAGCUUGGAUGGGGAGAGACUUGUCUCUGGUUCCUCAGAUGGUUCUAUCUACUUCUAUAACUCCCAAUCAUCAGUGCUUGUCAAGAAAAUGAAGGCAUAUGAGCAAGCCUGUAUAGACGUCGCUUUCCAUCCCAUCUUGUCUAAUGUAAUUGCUUCAUGCAGUUGGAAUGGAGAUGUUUCAGUGUUUGAGUGAGACAGCUUAUUUAUCCUUAAUCCCAGGGCAAGAAAACGACUGUGAAAAUGCAAAGAUGUAUAAAACAGUAUCUUCCAUUUUUUUUUCUUCAUCUGUGUGUGUAAAGGCACUAGUGAAACAGAAUCAAAAUCAUUGACAAUGACAAUAUCUCAGUCUUCUGGUAA